AUGGAUAAUAUGAGAGUUGGAGAACAAGAAUUGAAGCAGAGCAAUAAAGAAAACCAGAAAACAGAGCCACCACAGUCCGGCGGUGUUGCUGCGGUGUCACCACCGUCAGCUUCAUCAUCUCCGGCGCAUGAGUUCUCCUUCACAAUUUCACUUCACCCAACAAAUUCCACAAAAGCCCUUGAAAGUAAAACCAAACAAAAUCUGAAUCCGAAAUUGAACCCGAACCCGAAUCAGAACCCAUCCGCCAUUGAUUUAACUCCAGCUGAUGAAAUUUUCUUCCAUGGCCAUUUACUUCCUCUUCAUCUUCUUUCCCAUCUUCCUGUUUCGCCUCGCUCUUCAACAAAUUCCAUUGACAGUUCAAUCCCCAUUAGUAAAUCAGAACAAAAAAUCCAAAAAUCCAUUAAACAGUUAGAUGAUGAUGAUGAUGAUAAUUCUUAUUAUGAUUUAAACCAUAGUUUUCAUCAUCAUCCCGAAACAACAAAUUCAUUUAACAUACCCAAAGAUCAGAAACCCAAAUCCAAAUCUUUUUCCAUAUUUGGAUUACCCAAACGAAAAAAAGGCGAAAAGGAUGAGAAAGAAAAACAGAGGAAGCUGAAAUUCGAUGUAAGUCAAGUUUUGAAAAGGUAUAUGAGAAUGGUGAGACCAUUUUUAUCAUUUGGAAGCAGAAAAAAUAUGCAAUUUCAUAGACAAAGUUAUUCAUACUCUGGGAAUUUGAGUUUUCGAGGAAAGAAUACUAGUAAUAGUAAUAAUAAUAGUAGUAAAGGAAUAAAAAGAGGUGCAUAUUCAGCUCCAGUUUCUAUGAAGAAUUCACCAACAAAUAGUGGAUUACUUGUAGCAACACCUGGAGGUAAUUAUGGUAAUUCAUCAUCUUCUUCAAGUAGUGAUAGUACUAUGGAAGAAUUACAAUCUGCUAUUCAAGCUGCAAUUGCUCAUUGCAAGAAAUCUAGUUCUUCAAUGGAAGACAAGAAAAUCAAGAUUUCAUCAUCAUGAAGUAAAAAGGGCAUAUCGGUACACUACAGCUCCCGCUAUGUGCGGGAUUUAGGAAAGUAUUGAACCAAAAGGGUCUAUCGGCAUUUCUGCAAGAGGUUAUUUUCAUGGUUUGAACCUGCAACCUCCUGAUCACGUGAAUUUGAUCAUUUUUAUCCUCUUUGGUACUACUUGUUUAUUUCUAGCAUAGUUAAAUUUUUAUUUUUAAUCCUUUGUGUAUCAUAAAUUCAUAAUCAUGAAGUAUAUUUGUAAGUAUUUUUUUUUACUACAUGAGCUUAAAAGCAUGGAUUGGCAGGG